AUGGGCCAAGAUAACUCGCGCUACGUUCCAAUCAAUCAACAAACGGCGCUCAACGCAAAACUAUGGUUCACCCUUUUUCUUGGUCCGAACAGAGGCUAUGAGGUUGUACACAACUCCAAUCCUUUAAAAAUCACACAAAAUAUCGCGAGCCCGCGGUUGCACUCGGGCAGAAUCGAUAGGACUCGCUUGUUACAGUUGAGGCCAAAUUCCGAAGCACUUGAGGGAAUCCUCAGCGAUGAGGAUCUUCGUCGAGAGAUAGUUUGGAGAACUAUAGGAGAUGCUCAGAACCUCAUAGAAGCUAUCAAAAAGAUGAACCCCGAGUCCACAGUGCUCGAGAUUACGGAUGAUUUGAGCCAUAUUGCUGCUAGCUUCGAAUAUCUCACGUUGGUCAAGAACAAUUAUGUUAACCCAGUCUUGAAGGCGGAGGAUCUGACGCAAUGGAAAGAAAUACUUCAGAAGAUGAGGGCUUUGAGGUCUGAGGAGAAGUCAUCUUGA